AUGGCUUCAAGCUCUGGUGCGGAAGGAGAAUCGCUGGACGAUUACGAUUCCUUGAUUGCAACCACCGAUGUGGAGCUUCUGAAGCGCGCGUGGCGGAACGAGAAGGCAGCGCCCGAGAUUCUCCGCUUCGAAUCUCAUUUGAUUUCCCGCGUCAAGGAGCAGAUUCAACUCAUGGAAGAAACCGUGGAGGAGAAAUCCAGUGGCGGUAAUGACCCUCUCUCAGUGUCUCUGUAUCAGAUGGACUUGGACAGAACCCUCUUUCUGUUGAGAUCCUAUCUCCGCAUCCGCAUCCAGAAGAUUGAAAAGUACAUGUUCCACAUCUUAAAAACUGAAGAACUUUGGAACAGGCUAUCUAAAGACGAGAAAGAUUUCGCCAGAACGUGUUCAAGUGACCUAAACCAACAUCUGGAAGAGACUGUUCUGUCGAAGUUGCCAGAAAAUUACCAGUCUGUUCUGAAGCAAUCCAUAAUAAGUGAAGAGGAUGACAUGGUACCAGAACCACAACUAGACACAUUUGUUUUAUGUAGAAGUAAAGAGUAUCUCACGGGCAUUCAACUGGAAGAUGGACCAGCUGAUGACAGGCAAUUCUCGUCGAAGCUGUUUGAGAUGGAGCGAGGUGUCCUCCACUUCAUUUGUUACAAAUCAAUAAAGGCACUAGUAGAGAGUGGCAAACUUGAUCUACUCUAA